CGUUAUGAACCAUGCGCGCCAGCCUCGUUCACGGAAUUCAUUUAUCUGUAAAAGCAUCUUUUAAAACUAUUUGGUACACACAGUAACUACAUCUUGAAGCUUAGAUAUCCAGUAAUGACCACAAAUAUCAACUCUUCAGUUCUCAAAGAUGUUAUUGCCUAUGUUGAUGUUUGGUCAUCUGACAAAAGAGCAAACUACUCACAAUCUUUCAUUCAGCAGCUGGAGGGAAUGGGAGCUCGGGUAUCAAAAAGAUUCAAUAAACAAGUCACACAUGUUGUGUUCCAAAAUGGCCAUCCAGCUACAUGGAGGAAAGCUAAGCAAUGUGGUGUGCAACUUGUCUCUGUCCUGUGGGUAAGCAGAUGUUAUGAUGAUGCUGCACAUGUGGAUGAGGAAUUAUGUCCAGCCAUAAAUGAUGAGACCAAUCCAGUGAUGAAGAAUAGGAAACAUCGUUGCAUGUUGCCAAAAGAUUCUCCAGAGAAGACAACAGAAAAUGACUGGCGCAUGAGGAAGAAAUUUGACAAGAUGUUAAAAGGCUUGACUCCAAAAAAACAUCUCGCUGAAGAGAUGUCACCUAUCAUUAUUGAUGAGGAGAAUGGAAUAAUCUAUAGCCCUGGUUUGAAAAGAUCUGAGUCUAUGGCACAGCGUUUGAAAGAAAUGAAACACAAAAGGGAAAACCUUUCACCCACAGCUUCACAAAUGUCUGAAACCUGCUCCCCCACUGCGCUGCAGCCUUCGCUUGGGAGCACACCAACUGUCUUCAAAUUUAAGUUAGAUGACCUGUCAGAUGAUGAUUCCUGUGCUUUUGUUGCUGAUCGUGGUGUGUCACCUGAUAAGGAAGAUGGAAGGUCACACUCUGAUUUUGGAAACUCUGAGCAUCUUGAAAGUGACUCUCUGAAGCCAUGGCUUUCCCCCCUUCGUGAUGUGCCAAAACGGAUUCAAACUGUGCUCGACUGUCAUCACUUUGAGGAGAAAGAGGAUAAAGAAGGGAAUGAACCAAACAAAUCAAUAACUUCAGUCAGAAAAAAAGCCGCAGAGAAGCCCAAAUCUGGAGACUUUUUAGAGAGUCCUUUACAGGAAAGAUCUGACAAGAGCAAAACAUGUGAAGAAAAAAAACAAUCUCGGACAAGAUCAUCAACCCCAUCACCCAAUAAAAAGGCAAGGCAAAAAAUGGGAGCAACUAAACUCGUUACAGACACUGAAUCCCAUAUUUAUCCUGAAUGUGUGAAUUCUGUAAGUACCCUUUCAUCAUCGAACUUGUCAGUUGAUACAUCAACUAGAAUGUCAAAAAAAGCGUGUCUGGUAAAGACAACAGACAGAAAAGCAACCAGACGCAACACGUCAACACCCUCCGCCUUUAUGGGAGCUCUCACUCUUUUGUCUCUCAAUGAUUCAAAACAUGUUGCCUCCAGUUCUACUGAUGGAGAUGAUGUUUUUGACGACUGUUUCUCUCAACUUAACCUUAAAAGUCCUGUUGUACAUAAGCUGCCUGAGAAUUGCAAUAUUCAGUUACCUUUUGAGUUGGGCUCUUCCCCAAAGAAGAGGAGAAAAAGAAGAGAGACCUUUGGGUCUGAAACUAAUGACACAAAAAGGCAGAAACUAGCGGGAAGCCAUAGAGGCAAAAAUCCCAAUCAGUUCAGUGGAAGCACUGAACCUCAGAGCCUUCAACAACAGGAUGGAGAAAUAUCAAUCCCACCUCUGGAUAGUUACAGUGCCAAUGUGAUGACUAGAAGGCAAAGACGACAAACAUUUACAAGCGCUGCUAAAACCUCAAGUGAAGGAGGAAAACCGAAGCAAGCAUCUACACCAGGACAACUAUCAUUACAAUCGCAGGACCCUUCUCAUAGCUUGGAAAGUGGAGGAGAUGACUGUAUGGCUGCAGCUGGGUUCACACAGAUCCCCCUUGAAGCUGAAGGAAAUCACAAAAAGCCAGACAGCUUGACUCUUCAGAAAAUGGUCAAUAAAACAAAGCCUGUAAGAACACUGGUCAUGACAAGUAUGCCCACUGAGAAGCAGAACACUGUGGUUCAGGUGGUGAAAGCACUGGGUGGUUUUUCAAUUGUUGACCGAGUGUGUGAGAGCACGACUCAUGUGGUGUCUGGGGGACACAGACGGACUCUCAACAUCCUGCUGGGCAUAGCACGUGGCUGCUGGAUCCUCUCUUUUGAAUGGAUUCUCUGGUGUUUGGAACACAGGCAAUGGAUUCCAGAAGAACCAUAUGAACUUUCAGACCAAUUUCCUGCUGCACAAAUCUGCCGUCUCCAGAGGCACCUGUCUGCCGGGGAACACCAACAGGACCUGUUUCAAAGCCAGCCCGCCAUGUUUGUGUCGCAUCACGCCGAGCCUCCCGCGCAGAGUCUGGUUGAGCUGAUUCAGUUGUGUGGAGGAACAGUCUGCAAAAGCGUCCGCCAGGCAGGUCUCUGCAUUGGGAAGUACGGUGGCAGGAGGCCAGAGGGAAGUAAGCUCUUGUCUGAGCAGUGGAUUCUGGAUAGCAUCUCUAAUCUGAAGAUACUGUCAUACGAUAACUACGACUUGGAGUAACAGCUGGUGAAUAAAAAAUAAAUAAAUGUUUUUUUAACUGUGAUGUUGAGUUUUAUGACGCCUGUCCUUGACAAUGCCAGAUUGUACAUUUGCAGCCCUUUUGUACAUAAGUUCUUCUGGAAAAUUUUAUAUUUUCAGACUUGGAGUUUGAAGUUGCCAUGGGAACAUAUUACUUUUCAGGAUUAAUUGCAACGAUGGUCUAAAUUACUGUGAAACAUCUUCAGAUGAAGUAGAGACUAGUACUGUGACUGAUAUGUGCUGGGUUUUUCUAGAAACACUCGCUGAGCCAAUUCAGCCCUCUAAUGAACUGUAAGCACCGUUUAUUGAUAUGUUUUGUGAUCUCACUUCUAAUAAAUCCUACUUUUAUAUAAACUUUUCUUUUCUUUUUUAAGUUCUUGAUUUUAAGUUAAGUUAAAAUUUAGUUUUAGUUAAGUUGAGUUAGGAUGUUUUUAAACUGUAUCAUUAUUUGCUUUUCUGAGCCAGAGGCAACGAAAUUUCGUUUCCCAGUGCACUGUGUGUUACAUGUGUCCUGAAAAUGACAAAUAA